CACCGCCUGUCUGACCAAAAGCCCGCAAGAAACAGCGACAACUCCGAAACCCAAAGCCGAACCCAAUCUUCUCGGCACGCACGCUUCGCGAAUCUACAGGACACAAAGCCACGCCAAGAUCCACGAAUCCUGCACCAACAGCGACCCCUCGGACACGUCUCUCCAGAUGCCCUUUUGGGUUUUAUAAAUCUUGUUUGAAUCUCUGCCCCCUACUCCACCGCCUCCCUCCCACGUUUGACCCACGAGAAGGAGCGGAGAGAGAGAGAGAGAGAGGCGGAGGAGCGAUGACGGGGGAGAGGGACGCGAAGAAGAAGAGCAAGAAGAAGAAGCGCGGCGGCAGCAAGAGGAAGAUGACGGUGGAGCAGGCGGUGGCGUUCAGGUCCGUGAGCGAGUGGGUGUUCUUGGAUUCUCAGUCGCCGUCGUCGUCGCUGAGCGAGUGGGUCGAUGACUUCGGGGUCCAGAAGAGCGCCGGGCGGCGGGUGGUCUUCGAGCUGCACUGCCACUCCAAGUUCAGCGAUGGGUACUUGUCUCCUUCCAAGCUCGUUGAGCGAGCUCAUGCCAAUGGGGUGAAAGUUCUUGCUCUGACAGAUCACGACACUUUAUUGGGUAUCCCUGAAGCUUUGGAAGCAGCUCGGAAAUUCGGCAUUAAGAUUAUUCCAGGCGUUGAAAUCAGCACCAUAUUUAAUUCAAGAGGAGAGUCAUCUGUGGAGGAACCGGUGCAUAUUCUUGCUUACUACAGUAGCUGUGGACCCACAAGGCUUGAGGAGUUGGAGAAGGUCUUGAGUAACAUAAGGGAUGGUCGAUUUCUCCGGGCAAAGAGCAUGGUUACAAAACUGAAUAAGCUUAAGCUACCUCUGAAGUGGGAACAUGUUGCCAGGAUUGCUGGCAAGGAUGUCGCUCCAGGAAGACUGCAUGUGGCUCGUGCUUUGGUUGAGGCGGGUCAUGUGGAGAAUCUAAAACAAGCUUUUGCACGAUACCUUUUUGAUGGUGGACCUGCUUAUGCCAUAGGUAGUGAACCUCCUGCUGAAGAAACCGUGCGACUAAUAUCUGAGACAGGGGGUGUAGCUGUGCUUGCUCAUCCAUGGGCACUGAAAAACCCUGUGCCAAUUAUUGAAAGUUUGAAGGAUGCUGGUCUUCGUGGAGUGGAAGUAUAUAGAAGUGAUGGCAAAUUGGCAGCAUACAGUGACCUCGCAGAUGCUUAUGGUCUCUUGAAGAUUGGGGGAUCUGAUUAUCAUGAAGGAGGACAUAGUGAAUCUGAUCUUGGAAGUGUUAAUCUUCCUGUGCUUGCCUUGCAUGAAUUUCUGACAGUAGCGCGACCGAUUUGGUGUGGGGCCAUAAAAGACAUGCUACAAUCAUAUGCCAAUGAGCCCUCCGAUGCAAAUUUGACAAGGAUUACAAGAUUCGCAAAAAUCAGGGUUCCAAAAGGAAAUCUGCCUCCAAGCCAAGGGGAAGACUUGAUCGAGCGUUGCCUAUCAUCAUGGUUAACAGUUGAUGAAAGGCGAAAUGCGGAGUUUGAGGACAUCAGAUCUAGGUUUUUGAAUACUUCAAUCAAACAGGCAUCUGCUGAGGUGAUUCUUGAGAAAAAUUAGGCUGGUUUAGGUAUACUUAGAAUCAUCAAUGAGCAAUUGAAUUUUACAGGAUUUUCCUUCUUUUCUCUUUAGGAAUUUAUGCAAUCAAAUAUGAUAUUAAGGCACAGGUCAAUUUACAUUUUGCCCCUCCAUUGGUCGCAAUCACAAGAAAAUGCUUUAGUGCAGGUUUUGUUCGGAAGAAACUU